AUGGCGUCUGGCUUUUCAAUUUCGUUUUGGUCGAGCGAUUAUGCUGGUGGACUUGGAGUUCUCUUCGGCAAACUGCAGCAAGGUGUCCAAGAGAACCAGCAAGUUCUGACAAUUGCGCGGAUGCGAGCCGAUGCGGAGGACCUGUAUGGCCAACAAUUGGGUUAUAUUCCAGCGGCAACGGAUCGUAUCACAGGCGGUUUUCAGAGGGACGAUGGUGCCAGCGUUCGAAAGGCAUACGAAGGCGUCCGCAGCGAGAUGCAGGAAGCCUCCAAGAACCACCGGAAAAUUUCCAACAAUAUCCGCGAACUGGUCGUGUCUCCCUUUAGUCGAUGGUGCGAUGAACAUGCCGCCCGCGUGCAGGGGUCGCAGGACGACUUACAAGCGCGGAUCAAACUGCACGACAAGCAGGCGGACGCGGUGCGCAAGUUCCGAAGCCACUACUACAAUAAGUGCAGGCUUCUGGAGGAUCUGGAGGAGGAGGAUAAGUUGGCGUUCAAGGACCCGGAUUCCGCGGGGACGCAGAGCCCGAAGCAGAAGCCCGUGCAGCUGCCCACGCCGACGGUGAAGGUUUCCGAACCGGAUGACGAAGAGGACGAACCGCAGGUCGAGAUCGGCGAUGAAGUAUACCAACUGGAUCAAGUCAAGAAAAUCUUGUCGCACAUGCUAGAGACCAUCAAGCUUACCGAAACGAAAGUACCGAUUUUGGGUACCUAUCACAAUGUCUCCACUGGCACCGACAUCGUCGAGUACAUCCAGAAGCACAUGAACGCGUCGAGCGUGAGCUACGCCGAGCGAAUCGGCCAAGACAUUGUAUCCAAUGGCUACCUCCGACUCGUGGGAAACGUCGGCAACGCGUUUGCCAAUAGCUCGCGCAUGUUCUACCAAUGGCGACCCAAAGCAUUCCAACUCACCGGUAUCCCCGAGAAGAAGCACCCGAUGUCACGAAGCACGACGAUCAUGUCCAACGACGGGGUUGACAGCCCCAUCGGCACGGUGCAGGAGUACCUCGCCGGUUGGAACCCCUUGAACAACCCCUACCCGAACGAGACACCGGCCGAGAAACUCCGCCGCGAAGCACGCGAGGCCGACGAGCGGUAUAAGGCGGCGGUGCGAAAACUCGACACCCUGCGAUGCAAUCUGGAGGAGGCGAUGAUGAGCCAUUUGAAGUACAUGGAGCGAUGCGAAUUGGACCGACUGAAGGCCAUCAAAGCCGUCAUCCUGGACUUUUCCGGGGCGAUCAGCAAUGUGAUCCCGAGCUUGCAGAGCACCGUGGACAAUAUGAUGCUGUUCCAAGAGACCGUGCAGCCAGCGGGCGAUUUGAGGUACCUGUUGGAGAACUACCGGACGGGGCAGUUCAUCCCAAGGGUGCAGGUGUAUGAGAAUUACUACAACUCGGUUGAUGGUCAAACCUUCGGUAUUGAUCUCGAGGCUCGAGCAAAGGCCGAUAGGAAGCGUGUUCCAAUCAUUGUCACGACAAUCCUCACGUUCCUCGAUACCCGUUAUCCCGACCUCGAAGGCGACGAGGCGAGAAGAGGCAUUUGGCUCGUCGAUGUCCCACUUCCAGCAACUCAUCAUUUACGCAACCAUAUCAAUAAUGGCGGUGCAAUCGGGAAUGAAGUCCUGGAGCAAUAUGAGAUACCUAUCGUCGCGAGCGUUUUGAAAUUGUAUCUACUAGAACUUCCAGACUCCCUUGUUUCUUCUCACGUCUACGAAAUCGUCAAAACAAUCUACUCCUCCGACGCCGCCUCCACCGCGACCUCUCGUGUUGCCAUCCUCCAAUCUACCCUCGGCCAACUCCGUCUCGCCAACAUCGCCACCCUCGACGCCCUCGCCACCCACUUUGCCCGCCUCAUCGAACUCACCUCCGCCGACGACGACUACAUCACCGCCCUCUGCACCGCCCUCGCCCCCUGCGUCCUCCGUCCCAAGCACGAAUCCCCCCUCACCCUCACCGAAAAGUUCUCCUUCCGCCUCGUCCGCGACCUCCUCGAACACAAGGAACCCAUCUUCGGCGAGCUCAAGCGUUCCGCCGCCGCCCAGAAGGAGCGCGAGGCAAAGGCCACCGUCGACCAGCGCCCCCGCGCCAUCUCCACCGACGAGAGCAACCGUCGCGCCCAUAUGGAGGAGCGCACCCGUGCCAUCAUCGCCAACCGCUCGCGCGCUAGCUCGCCCGCCCCCGGUCCGCGGGCCGGUGGGCCGUCGCAUCGUCGGGAACGCAGCAGCGGCGGGCCUGAGACGCGGUUCCCUGUGGCGCCGAGCACGGCGGCGGGAGGUGCGGGGAGCCCGACGGUGGAGCGAAAGGGGAAUGUGCGGGGAAGCUUGGAGGUGCCAGAGGGAGAAGGACCGGUGUCGUCGGAGAAGACGAAUGGGAGUGGGGAAGAUAAGGAGAUAUCGGUGGCCGGGGAGGAGAAGGGGGGGGAUGUGGUGAAGCGGGAUUCGUUGUCAAGGGGGGUGGGGAGGAUUGCAAGGAAGGCGCCGGGGGUGAGAAUGAGUGUGGGGACGGAGGAUCGGCCGGUGGGAGUGGAGUUGGUGGAUAGGCCGAUGGAUGAUUAG